AUGAGCUCACAGGAAAUCGUCAAUGAACCCCAUCCAAUCGAGGCGUCCCUUCCCACCUUGUCCAAGCUGGGAACGACCGUUCCCACCGACGUCGAUGCCACGAGCGUCGCUUCGACUUGGCUUUCAUCUUUCUCCAAGUUUGCAGAAACGGGCGACGUAGAAGGCAUAACCAGCCUUCUCGUAGAAUCAGACUUCUCCUCAAGCCUUCUGCCAGAGUCCUCCAGGACCACCACAGCAUCAUCCUCCUCCGUAUCUCUCUACUGGAGAGACAUCCUCGCCCUCACCUGGGAUCUACGAACAUUCGAAGGAACAGCCACGACCAAAGCCUUCCUCGUGGACCGAUUAGCCGAUGCGCAGAUCCAGAACGUUAAGCUCAGCGAUGAGAUCAAGCCGCAACUGCAACAACCUCAUCCCGAUCUCGCGUGGAUCCAGAUCCUGUUCAUGUUCGAGACAAAGGCAGGUUCCGCUACUGGGAUUGCGAGGCUAGUGCCUAUCAAGAUUGGAGAUCAGGUUGAGUGGAAGGGACAAUCCAUCUUCACCACCCUCGACAGCUUGAAAGGGUUCCCGGAAAAGAUAGGCGCGUUACGAAAUCCAGAGCCAAACCAUGGUAAAUGGGAGGAGGCCCGGCGAAAGGAAGUCGCUUUCGGUGAAGCAGACCCGACUGUCCUCAUUAUCGGGGGAGGCCAUAGCGGAUUGGAGGUGGCUGCACGUCUAAAAGCGUUGGAUGUUCCCACUUUGGUGAUCGAAAAGAACGAGAGGAUAGGAGAUAAUUGGAGGGAGAGGUAUGAAGCAUUGUGCCUUCACGAUCCCGUUUGGUACGGUCAAUUCCCUUACCUCCCGUUCCCUUCAACCUGGCCCGUCUUCGCCCCAGCUAAAAAGCUCGCCAACUGGCUCGAAUUCUACGCCGAGGCCCUAGAGCUAAACGUCUGGACCUCCUCAACAGUGACCAAAGCGACUCGAGACGAGGAGACGAAGUUGUGGAACGUAGUUGUAAGGCAAGCAAAUGGGCAAGACCGCGUUUUGAAAGUUAAGCAUGUUGUCUUUGCCGUGGGGUUCAAAGGCGGCGAGGGCUACGUCCCGUCCAUUCCUGGAAUGGAAAGCUUCACAGGGCAGAUCUUGCAUUCGUCGCAGCACAAAAGCGCUAGGGACCAUCCUGGCAAAAAAGUCGUCGUCAUUGGGUCUUGCACGUCUGCCCACGACAUUUGCGUGGACUAUGUCGAUCAUGGCGUUGACGUGACGAUGUUCCAACGUAGCUCGACGUACAUCAUCUCGGCGGGGAAAGGAGUGCGAAUGUUGUUGGAGGGUCUGUACUCUGAGAACGGUCCCCCCACAGACAUCGCAGACAAACUCAACAUGUCUUUCCCCAACAAACUGAUUGCGGGCUUGACACACCGAGGGAUGAAAGCGAUCUGGGAGAACGUCGAUAAAGAAAUCAUUGAAGGCCUGCACAAAGUCGGAUUCAGAACUAACAAGGGAUACAAGGACUCUGGUCUCCUCCUCACUGUCUGGCAGAAAGCAGGAGGAUACUACCUAGACGUCGGAGGCAGCCAAUACCUAAUCGACGGCAAGAUCAAGUUAAAGAACGACAGCCAAAUCGCAGGGUUCACCGAGACAGGGCUGAAAUUCGACAACGGGAGCGAACUUUCCGCGGACGUGGUAGUCUUCUGCACAGGUCUCACGGACGCCCACUACGGGAUACGCAGGAUUUGCGGAGACGAAGUGGCGGAUAAGUGUAAGCCUUUGUGGGGAAUGGAUGAGGAGGGCGAGAUUAAUGGAUGUUGGAAGGAUAUGGGCGUUCCGGGGUUGUGGUAUAUCAUGGGUAACCUAGCCCUAUGCCGUUUCUACUCCAAAACCAUCGCUCUCCAAAUCAAAGCCAUGGAGGAAGGGCUUUUCAGUACGCGUUAUGGUGGGUCUGUAUAAGAUAAGACGGGGGGUCUUGGUGAGGUUUUGCGCACAUUUGGUUGGAUAUGGAUGCAAGAAUAUAGGAAGGAAGGAACAGACGGAAUGAAGAGCACAUUGUACUAUAAAUUACGAAGUAUCACUUUGGACAGUUU